AUGCUUGCGCUGCGGUUUACGCUUGUUCGUUGCGGCUUCGCAAUAAAAUAUCAAACUUGUAAACUUCAUAAUACUCAACCUUUAAGAAAAAUGCCUCCGAAAAAGGUGGUCAAAGAAGAAAAAAUUUUAUUAGGGAGACCGGGUAACAAUUUAAAAAUUGGUAUUGUAGGCAUGCCAAAUGUCGGUAAAUCUACGUUUUUUAAUGCCAUUACAAAAAGUGCUGUAGCCGCGGAAAAUUAUCCUUUCUGUACAAUUGAUCCAGAAAAAUCAAGAGUGGCAGUACCAGACGCACGGUUUGAUUGGCUAUGUGAAGUAUUCAAUCCAGCAUCCAAAGUACCGGCUUAUCUCACUGUUAUUGACAUUGCAGGAUUAGUUAGAGGUGCAGCUUCUGGUGAAGGAUUGGGUAAUAACUUUCUUAGUCACAUUCAGGCCGUGGAUGCUAUAUUUCAUGUUGUCCGGGCUUUCUCCGAAGAGGAUGUUACACAUGUUGAGGGUGAACUUGAUCCUGUAAGAGAUCUAGAAAUUAUUCAUAAUGAACUUCGUCUUAAAGAUGAAGAAUUCCUUGUUAAAAAAAUUGAAGGUUUGGAGAAGGUGGCGGCACGCGCAGGGAAAGGUGGCGGUGCAGCAGAUAAGGCAAAAAAGGAAGAAUUGGAAAUUAUACAAAAAGUGCUUAAGUUGGUACAAGAGGAAAAGAAAGAUGUCAGGAAAGGUGAUUGGAAUAAUAAAGAGGUUGCGGUUAUUAACACUUUACAAUUACUUACUGCAAAAUCUGUAAUUUAUUUGGUUAACUUGAGCGAGAAAGAUUAUAUUCGCAAAAAAAAUAAAUGGUUAGCAAAGAUUAAAGCAUGGAUUGAUGAAAACAACCCAGGUGAUUUAUUACUCCCUAUGAGUGCAUCCCUUGAAUAUCGUCUUUCAACUCUAGAAACAAAUGAGGAAAGAGAAACGUUAUUAAAGAGUUUAGAGACUCAAUCUGCACUACCACGUAUUAUCACUACGGGAUAUCAAGUACUUCAAUUGAUAUAUUUUUUCACUUGUGGAUCAGACGAAGUUAAAGCAUGGACAAUUAGAAAAAGUACUAAAGCACCACAGGCUGCUGGAGUAUUUGCAGCAAAAUCAUUACAAAGGAUUCAUCAAGAUUUUGAAAAAAGUUUCAUUCUUGCUGAAAUCAUGAAAUAUGAUGAUUUAAAAGAACUUGGAACUGAAACUGCAGUCAAAGCUGCAGGAAAAUAUAUGCAAAAAGGAAAGGAAUAUGUUGUAGAAGAUGGUGACAUUAUUAAUUUCCGAGCAGGCCUUGCAAAUAAGAAAUAA